AAACAAUAAUCAACCAGCUCAACUAUAAAACGAAAAACCAGAAGUGGAUGCUAACGUGCGCCAAUUUCUACUUCCAGCAUCCCUCCCCAUCAACCCAUGGCCCCAAAAGACCAGCAGCCCAAAAAACUCCCACUCUUUCCCUUGCUCUCUCUCCUCUGCUUCGCCUCCAUCUUCCUCGCUCUCUCCCUCUCCAAAAGAGCCUCAAUCUCUUACGAAACCAUCCAUUUCAGAUCCACCCCGACUGUAACCUCCACUCCCUGCAAUUACUCUCAUGGUUCCUGGAUCUACGACCCAAAUUGGAUACCCAACAAAUAUGACAGUACAUGUAAAGAAAUAUUCAAAGGUUGGAAUUGCAUUGCUGGCAAUAAAUCAAAUGCUAAAGACAUCAUUAAGUGGCGAUGGCAGCCUAACGGGUGUGAUCUCCCUCCCUUCGACCCGGUCCGGUUCUUGCAGACCUUUAGAGACACCAGCAUCGGAUUUGUUGGGGACUCGUUGAAUAGGAAUAUGUUUGUUUCUCUCUUUUGCUCACUAAAAAGGGUGUCAAGUGAUGUGAAAAAGUGGAGACCAGUUGGGGCUGAUCGUGGCUUUACAUUUCUUCUCUAUAAUCUUACCAUUGCUUAUCAUCGAACUAAUCUUUUGGUGCGAUAUGGUAGGUGGUCAGCUAAUGCUAAUGGGGGUGAGUUGGAAUCUCUUGGAUAUAAAGAGGGUUAUAGAGUUGAUGUUGAUAUUCCAGAAGGCACAUGGGCGGAUGCUCCGAGCUUCCAUGAUGUUCUAAUCUUCAACACAGGACACUGGUGGUGGGCUCCCUCAAAGUUUGAUCCUGUGAAAUCCCCCAUGCUUUUCUUUGAAAAGAACCGGCCUCUGAUCCCUCCAGUACUUCCUGCUGUUGGCCUGGACAAGGUUUUGAAACACGUGAUUCUCUUUGUUGAGAGACAAAUGCGUCCGGGUGGAAUCAAGUUCUUUCGUACACAAUCACCUAGACAUUUUGAAGGAGGUGAUUGGGAUCAAGGUGGUUCUUGCCCACGACUACAGCCUUUGUCACCUGAAAAAGUUGAAGAACUCUUCUCUCUAAAGAAUAAUGGGACAAAUGUUGAAUCCCGUCUGGUUAAUCAGCACCUGUUCAAGGCUCUCAAGGGGUCUACAUUCCAUAUUUUGGACAUAACUCACAUGAGUGAGUUCAGAGCAGAUGCUCAUCCAGCAACAGCAGGUCGAAAGAAACACGAUGACUGCAUGCACUGGUGCUUGCCAGGCAUUACGGAUACUUGGAAUGACUUAUUCAUAAUGCAUCUAAACAGUAUUAAGGCUAGAAACUGAUGUAUCCACUAGUUGAUAUCCUCUGCAAAUUGAGUUCCCAUUUGGUUUCCUGGAAUUUGUUAGGUUUGAUCUGCU